AUGGAACAGCAAGGGGAAAUCUGCAACGUUACUUUCGCUCGCAUGGGUCUCGAUAAGACUGGGAAAUCGCUGUUUUCCUUCGACAACUUCGAGAGGCUCACUCAGUGGCUCCAAUAUGUCGUCGAUUUGAGCGCCAAGGAUCCCACGAAGGGGGCGUUCGCGAUGUCGACACUGGCUGCCGACUACGACGACGCUCUCGCUGCGCAGAGUCCGAGAACAAAGGACGCUGCCGCGAGGUUACAGACUAAGCAACUGCAGUACUGGUUGGCCACUGUGAAGAAUCCUGACGACGUGAUGCAUGUGAUGAAGCUGGACGAGGUGGACGUGAAUAUUCUCUACAGCCCCGAGCUCGUGGAAACGAGCUUGCCCAACACUCGCAAGACACCAGCGGAUGCCCUCGAAGAGCUCCGACUUGGCAAGAAAGCGUUCUCCUAUUUCUACAGCCCGCUCAAUUGUUUGAAAGCCCUCUGUACAACAGUUGAACCAUUACUGUACAUUGACGCAUAUAACGCCAAGUAUCCCCAAGCGAAGACGACAAUCGUUGAGACGUUGUCGCGGACAUUCGAAGAUCCCAAUCUGGCCAAUGUGCUCAGCAGAGCAAAGCAUAACGCUAAAAUACGAACGAUUGCCACGGAAGUGGAGGCUGCGCAGCUGGACACACUGGCGUCUCGCUUCAAGGGCAGAAGUUUGAACCAAAUCUUCCAGAUAGCUAAGAAGUAUCCGACCAUGGAAAACUCUGCUGUUGCAAUCCAAACGGCGAAGAUGGAGACGUAUCUCGCGAGUAAUCAAUCCCCUCGGGGAUUUCAACAAGACCCCCCCCCCCACCACCUCGAAGAAUCCUUGUUCGAGACGUUCCGUUUCCAUUAUCAGAACGUCAAUCGCGUUACAAGGAAUGGGAUGAACAGUCUAAGCACAAGACAAAUGGACGAAGCAGUCGAGGAGACGUGGGUCAAGUCCUGGCUCAAAGUCAAGGCGGACCCCACCUCCACGUUCCAUUUCCUGGAUCUCUACGAAACUCAAGAAGCACUUUUUAAUUCAAAGUUCAAGACGUGGGCCAGCGAGCCAUUUGUCGACAAGCGCAGUCUGCAAGUUCGCCGCCAACUUCUCCGUGCUGAAGUUCUUCUUUGCCGUAUCAAGCGUCGUAAGCAGAAUUCUGUCUUUGAAGCUGUAUCUGAGGGCAUAGAUCAUCGUGGCCUUCUCUUGAUGAUACAGGACGUUGAAGUCAUCCACGUCUACCGAUUUCCCACUGUUCCACCACAUCUCCGGCUGCGCAGCCUCCAAUUCCGUGGCAAUCUUUCGCGUUUUAUCGUUAUUCUUUGCUGCAUUGAGCACCAUGGCCACGUUGCGAUCGCCGAGCGUCCGCGACAAUGUCUCAAAACAAUUGUCGUCUUCUCUUGGGGAUACCUCGCGGAUAGGAGACCGACUUCUUGCGAGAUCCUCGAAGACAUCUGCUGGUGUCGUCCGAGUGUUAAGCCAGAUAUCUAUGAGCUCGUCUUUUAA